GCACCAUGCUCGAGUAGAUUGCUACACCAAGGUGUUGGAGCUCGAGGAUGAGCAAGGAAACACGCUAUGUUUCGAAGGAGAUCGGGGGAAAUCAAAUGUUUGCAUCAUAUCCGUGAUGAGAGCGCGGAAGAUGAUGAGAAAAGGGUGCCACGCAUACCUUGCUUACGUGGUAGAUGAUACGAAGAAAGAAGUCGACAUCAAGGAUGUUCGAGUCGUGUGCAAGUACCCGGACGUCUUUCCCAAGGACCUACCGGGGCUUCCACCCGAUAGAGAGAUUGAAUUUGUAAUCGAAGUGGAGCCGGGAACCAAACCCAUUUCGAUUCCUCCUUAUCGAAUGGCACCGGCCGAACUUCAAGAGUUGAAGGUCCAACUACAAGAACUAUUGGACAACGGGUUCAUCAGACCCAGUCAUUCACCGUGGGGAGCACCCGUACUAUUCGUAAAGAAGAAAGAUGGUACACUAAGAAUGUGUAUUGACUACCGACAGUUGAACAAGGUCACCAUCAAGAACAGGUAUCCCUUACCGAGGAUUGAUGACUUGUUCGACCAACUUCAAGGAGCAAUAGUGUUCUCGAAGAUUGACUUGAGGUCGGGGUAUCAUCAGUUGAAGAUCAAGGAGAGUGACAUACCUAAGAGUGCAUUUCGCACUAGAUAUGGUCAUUACGAAUUCCUUGUGAUGUCGUUUGGUUUAACCAACGCACCGGCGGCAUUCAUGGACUUGAUGAACCGUGUGUUUAGUGAAUACUUAGAUCAAUUCGUGAUAGUAUUCAUUGACGACAUCUUGAUAUACUCCAAGAGCGAGGAAGAGCACGAACACCAUUUGAGGCUUGUACUUGAUCGGUUAAGGGAAAAGCAACUCUUUGCCAAGUUCUCGAAAUGCGAAUUUUGGCUCAAAGAGAUCGGUUUCCUCGGUCAUGUCAUAUCCGGUUCGGGCGUUGCCGUGGACAACGCCAAGAUUAAAGCUAUUAUGGAUUGGGAGAGACCCAAGAAUGUGAAAGAGAUACGUAGUUUCCUUGGCUUAGCGGGAUACUAUCGUAAAUUUGUGGAAAAAUUCUCCGUAUUGGCGUCUCCAUUAACGAAGCUCACAAAGAAAGGGGCGAAGUUCAUAUGGGACGACAAGUGUGAGAAAGGGUUCCUUGAACUGAAGAAACGACUUACCGAAGCACCAGUACUAGCCCUACCUAUACAGGGGAUAGGGUAUGAUAUCUACAGUGAUGCUAGCAUCCAAGGGCUUGGAUGUGUACUGAUGCAAAACGGUCGGGUGAUUGCCUAUGCUUCUAGGCAAUUGAAGAAACACGAGGCGAACUACCCUACCCACGAUCUAGAGAUGGGGGCGGUAGUGUUUGCACUAAAGAUUUGGAGGCAUUACCUCUAUGGGGAGACAUGUCACAUUUUUACCGAUCAUAAGAGCUUGAAGUACGUAUUCACUCAGAAAGAGUUGAAUAUGAGACAAAGGAGAUGGAUGGAGUUGAUCAAGGAUUAUGACUUGAUCAUCGACUAUCAUCCCGGAAAAGCCAAUGUAGUGGCCGAUGCACUGAGCAGGAAAAGUACGUCGGGGACAUUACUCACAUGUCUACGAACUUUGAGGGCACAAGUGGAGAUGUCCACGAGUGGGGUCCUCAUUGCUAGAUUCGAGGUUAGGCCCACAUUGCUGAGUGAGAUCAGCAGAUGUCAGGCCACAGAUGAUGAAUGCCAGAAGAUCCGCGAGAGGAUCCUUGAAGGGCCCGUGGAGAACUUUCGGGUACGUGAUGACGGUCUUUUAUUGUUUAAAGACCGUGUGUGCAUACCAAAGAGUGAAGAGCUCCAAAAGUCUAUCCUGGAGGAGGCUCACUCUUCGGCAUAUGCUAUGCAUCCAGGAGGUACUAAAAUGUACCGAGACUUGAAGGAAAGUUACUGGUGGUCGGGUAUGAAGAGGGAUAUCGCAGAGUACGUGAGUCGAUGCCUUACUUGCCAACAAGUUAAGGCAGAGCAUCAGCACCCGGCGGGGCUUUUGCAGCCACUAACCAUUCCAGAAUGGAAGUGGGAGCAUGUGACCAUGGACUUCGUGGUGGGGCUACCACGAACAGUGAACAACUAUGAUGCGGUAUGGGUAGUGGUUGAUAGGCUCACCAAGAGUGCACACUUUUUGCCUAUCAACAUCACUUAUCCUCUUGAGAGAUUGGCAAAGCUAUACACAGAGGAGAUUGUGAGACUACAUGGAGUCCCGAUAUCCAUUGUCUCGGAUAGGGAUCCACGAUUCACAUCUCGAUUUUGGCCCAAAUUUCAAGCAUCUUUGGGUACUAAACUGAAGUUUAGCACAGCUUUUCAUCCACAGACGGAUGGGCAAUCCGAGAGGGUGAUACAAAUUUUAGAGGACAUGCUUAGGGCAUGUGCUUUGGAGUUCCAGGGGAGUUGGGACAAACAUUUGGCUCUAGUAGAGUUCGCCUAUAACAAUAGCUAUCAGGCGAGUAUUGGCAUGCCUCCAUAUGAGGCAUUGUAUGGGAGGAAAUGCAGGACACCGUUGUGUUGGGACGAGGUUGGCGAGGCCAAGCUCGAAGGGAUUGAACUUGUUGAAAUCACCAAGGCUAAGGUGAAAGUCAUUCAGGAUAGACUCAAGGCAGCCCAAGAUCGGCAGAAGAGUUAUGCCGACAAACGACGAAGGCCAUUGGAGUUCGAGGUCGGUGAUAAGGUCUUUCUAAGGAUUUCCCCUUGGAAGGGUAUCAUCCGAUUUAUAUCGAGGGGAAAACUCAACCCCCGAUACAUUGGCCCAUUUGAAAUCCUUGAAAGGAUAGGGGCCGUGGCAUACCGUCUGAAGUUGACGCCAGAACUUGAGAAGAUACACGACGUGUUUCACGUAUCGAUGCUCAAGAAAUACGUGAGAGAUCCAUCUCAUAUUCUUGAGAAGCCACCGGUAGAGAUACGUGAAGAUCUACAAUAUGCAGUAGAACCGGUGGAGAUUGUCGGGCAACAAGUGAAGAAAUUGAGGAACAAGGAGAUUCCAAUGGUGAAGGUUCUUUGGAGGAGUGAUCGAGUCGAAGAAGAAACCUGGGAGACGGAGGUCUCAAUGAGGGAGCAAUACCCGUUUCUUUUCGAUUAGACACGUGGAUUUCGGGGACGAAAUCCCAAAUAAGGGGGGGUGAACUUGUAACACCGUCCCCAAAUGUAUUUACUUUUAAGUGAAUAAUAUAUUGAACCUUGUAUAAUAGUUAAUGAGAAUAUGAAGUGGUGAAUUUUCAUUAAUUAUUUUGCAUGAAUAGUAAAUUCGCACGUGGGGCCCACACCGGGAGCGGGGGCCGCCCGAUAUUCCCGAGACCGUAUAUUUUAUUCAUCUUGGUCAAUAUAAUAUUUAUAUAGGGGUGGAUAACCUAUUGGUCCAAAGAAAUGAUAUGGAGUUGACCGGUUGAUCAAAAAGGCCAAAAUACCGGUACUGGUAAUUUAACAGAUAAAAGCCAGAAGUGAAUUUCUGAGACCUAUAAAUUAAAAGUUGGGGAAUGUAUAUUCACUAUAAGGGUUAUAUUGAUCGAGAACACGUAAUAUAUUUUAUUUGACCCGGUAAAAUAAAAUAUAUUUAAAACAGUCCGAAAAAUACAACUUUCGGGACUGAUUGUACACUUCGGGACGGAUUGGGAUGACCUCCCACAUGGGUGGGGGCCACCCCACGAAAUUGUCAACCAAAGGGGGCUGAUUGAGUGCUAGGAGGGCUGGAGGACAAGUGAAGGGAUGGGAGGAACACAUUUGACAUCUAGUGGACCCCCAUUUCCUUACUCAUUUGCAAAGAAAGACAAAAGAAACCAUCCCCCUCCUCUCCCACUCAUUGAGCUCGGCCAAGACACACCAAGGAGAGAAGAAACCUCUGCAAACCACCAUCCCCCAUAGCAAAUUCGAGCUCAAGCAAAGGAGUCCCAAGGAGGAAGAUUAAAGAAGGAGAAAACUAGGAAAAAGUGUGAAAAUUAAGGUAAUAACCUUAUCAUAACUUCUCCUCUAUUUUUCUUCUAUCAUAUGAGAUAUAUAUCAUAUGGAGAACCUUGAGGGUUGUUCUACAUAAUUUAAGUGUAGAAUAAUGGGUUGGAGAGUGGUUCUAAGUCCAAGAACGGAUUUAGAAGCCAAACCGGCAAGUUCACCGGAAAAUAACCUUUUAGGGGUUAUUUGUAUUGAUUAAGGUUUUAUGAUGUUGAAACCUUGUUAGGAACUUGAUAUAGAGUAUUUUGAGCCUCACCGGAGUUUCGCCGGAGUUUCGCCGGAGUUGGUCAAAGUUGGCCGGAGUUGGUCAAAGUCCGCCAAAGUUCAACCGGGAAGCGUAGAACGCGCUUAAGCUCACUUAAGUUUCAGGUCGGGAUUAAAGCUUGCCGCUACCGCCCGUUGUAUCGGAGAAUUCAAGAGAAGAAGACGUGGUUCGUGCUUCUUCUGUUUCUGUUUUGAAAACGAUUUAAACCAUGCUCAUGGAUAUUAUUUUUCUUUAAUAUGUAUUUAGGGCUUGUAUGCCCAUGUUGCCAAAGUGUGGCGUGCACUUUGUAUUGAAUAUUUCCGCUGCUUUAAAUGAUUAUUUUACAUUAUGUUGUUUAUGGAUGUACUAUGUGUGAAUGGUAUUCAAGACGCCUAGUAUAGUAUGGAUGAGUUGGACUGCGGUUGACUAUUCGUACUGUACGGCGGGUUGUUGACGUGUCCGGUAGGUCCGGGGCGUGACAGUAGUCCUAUUUGUGCUUUUUAGGAACUCAUUAGUCCUAUUUAGGACAAUUUCCGUAAUGCUAACUAAAUAAAUAAUUUCC